UAAAUUCUCUAUAUUUCACAAGAGAGAGAACAGAGAGAAGCAGAGGAAUAUGGGCUCUGUUGUUCCUCUGUUUCUCACUAUUUUAGUUUCAUUUACUCUGUUUCUCUACUCUCAUGGAGCCAGCUCCAUGUCUUUGCAAGCUCUGCCAACCUUAUCCUUUGAGGAGGGAUACACACAGUUGUUUGGUGACACCAAUCUCAUGCUUCUCAGGGAUGGAAAGACUGUGCAUAUCUCUCUUGAUCGGAGGACUGAGAAAAAAAAAGGUGCUGGUUUUGCUUCUCAGGAUUUGUAUCUGCAUGGGUUCUUCAGUGCUUCUAUCAAGCUGCCCUCUGAUUAUGCUGCUGGCGUGGUUGUAGCCUUCUACAUGUCGAAUGGUGACAUGUUUGCGAAGACGCACGAUGAGCUGGACUUCGAGUUCUUAGGAAAUGUGAGAGGAAGGGAGUGGAGAGUGCAAACUAAUGUGUAUGGAAAUGGCAGCACCGGUAUUGGGAGGGAGGAGAGAUAUGGUCUCUGGUUUGAUCCUACUGAGGACUUCCAUCACUAUUCCAUCCUUUGGAGCCAUGACCGAAUCAUAUUUUAUAUUGACGAAAUUCCGAUUAGAGAGGUGGUAAGAACUCAAGUCAUGGGAGGGGACUUCCCUUCCAAGCCAAUGUCCCUCUAUGCCACCAUUUGGGAUGGUUCCAACUGGGCAACCUCAGGGGGUCGAUACAAGGUCAAUUACAAAUAUGCCCCUUACGUCGCCGAAUUCGCCAAUCUCAUCCUCCACGGUUGUGCAGUCGAUCCUACCGAUCACUCGUCCACAUGUAACAAAUUCAAUGGCAAUCAAUACAACAGCAUAAAAAUUUCUUCAGAUCAGCGUUCAGCCAUGGAGAACUUCCGCAGAAAAUACAUGACAUACUCAUACUGCUACGAUGGUCUACGGUACACUAAGCCACCAGCGGAAUGUAGCAUUGAUCACCGGGAAGCUGAGCGUCUCCAGGGUCAUCGUCGUCGGAGUAAGGGUCAUCACCGGAACCCACAAGAUGUUACCAUUUGAGAUUUUUUUGUGACAUGAAAAUGACUUUAAAUUAUUUGUGUAUCUUCUUCCA